AUCUGACCGGAAAAAGGUGUUUUUGGAAGUUUCUACCAUGAAUGCAGUCUGGAUUAAUUUGUUCGUUCUGGCAUUGUCCGGGUUGGCUCAAGCUGGAUACGAAACCCCAACAUAUGUUACAAAUUCGGUAAUCCCUGGAGGUAAAACCUCACGCAUAGUCAACGGAAAGCUGGCCCAGCUUGGCCAAUUUCCCUACCAAGUCUAUAUGAUCCUGAGCGAUCCGAACGGUUAUUCCGUCGUCGGUGGAGGAUCGAUCAUCUCGGAUGAGUGGAUACUCACGGCUGCCCAUUGCAUACAUGGCGUUACGAAGGCGGAUGUUUAUAUGGGAGCGGUCUACUGGUAUUCGGCCGACAGAGUAAUGAUUCCAGCGAGGAGUUUCAUCCAGCAUCCUAGCUACGUGCCCACUGCCUUUACUCAUGACAUUGGCUUGAUCCGGUUGAGUGCGAAAAUUACCUUCAACACCGUAAUUAAACCGAUUUCGUUGGCAUCGGCUGAGGAUGGUCCGUACGAAUACCUGGAUGAUGCGCAAGUCUCCGGAUUUGGGAAAACCAGUGACCUGGCGACGUAUGCCUCCAGCUAUCUCUACUACACCGAUGUGAUGACUAUUUCGAAUGACGAGUGUAAACAAACUUUCGCACAUCACAUCAUCGAUUCGACCAUCUGUAGCAGAUCACUGACCGCGAAUCCGGUGUCGCACAGCUGUAGUGGAGAUUCCGGUGGUCCGCUAGUCUACCGGGGGGUUCAGAUCGGGGUGGUGUCCUUCGGAGCGUCCGGCGGUUGUGAGAAGAACUACCCGAAGGCAUACGCCCGGGUUAGCGCGUUUCGUAACUGGAUCCGUUGCGUGACUGGUGUUUAGAUAACUGGAAACGGAUCAGACAAGGUUUUGAGCUAGGUCUCAAAUUUCAAAAUGUAGGUUAGUUUGAAGAAUAAAUAAAACUGUUUAAAGGCGCCUGUAA